AUGUCUACCUUCCGAUCAAUCAUCCUCAUCGCUCUUCUUGCCGGCCAAGCCGCCGCCUUUAUGACUGCAGGAGGCAAGACCUCUACCAAGUCUUUGACUUCACUUGAGUCCUACAACCGCAACUAUAACCCAGUUGGAGGCAUGGGUGGAGGCUAUGGUAACGAACGUUACAUGGACCGCGGCAUGGGCGGUGGCAUGGGUAUGGGUGGUGGCAUGCAACGCUACAACGAAUACAACCGUGGCGGAUACGGUGGUGGAUACGACAACCGCUACAAUGACAUGAACCGCGGAGGAUACAACUCCUACGACCGCGGAUAUGGAGGCGGCACUAUGUCCCGAUCCAAGUACGGCGAUUGGUUGAAUGGAAGCUCAAAUUACAUUCCCACCAGCGCUGACCGCAACUACGUCAUGGAUCGUGGACACGAGACCUCUGCGGGACGUUCAUUCCCCGGCUACUACAACAGUGGAGACCGAUACAACAACAACAACCGUUACAGCGGGGGUGGCUACGACAGAGUAAGCCCCAUGAACAACCGAGGAUACAACGACUACAACCGUGUUGGCCAAUACAACGGUCAAUACGGAAACAGCAUGAACCGUGGUUACAGCCAAGGAUACAACGAGUACGAUCGAUACUCCCCAGUCGGUUACAACAACAACAUGAGCGGAAACCGCUAUGGAAGCUACAACCGUGAAUACAACGGCGGUUACGACAGAAGCUUGCGCAGCAACGAAUACGAGAGAACUUACCGAUCGCCCAUGGACUCGCACCGACAGACAUACCCAAAUUAUGGGUUCGGUGGACAAGAGGACACUUUUGGAUACAAGAAGUGGUGGGAUGGCAGCAAGUAA